GCGGCGGCGGCGGCGGCGGCGGCCGGGCCGGGCGGCGACUCGCGCUUCUUCGGGCGGCGGCGCUUGGCCAUGUCGUGUCGGGGAAGGGAAUGAGCCGCAGAGCCCCGGGGUCUCGGCUGAGCAGCGGCGGCGGCGGCACCAAGUACCCGCGGAGCUGGAAUGACUGGCAAGCCAGAACUGAUAGUGCAUCAGCCGACCCAGAUAAUUUAAAAUAUUCUUCAUCCAGAGAUAGGAGUGUGUCUUCUUAUGGACUGCAGCCUUCAAAUUCAGCUGUGGUGUCUCGGCAAAGGCACGAUGAUACCAGAGUCCACACUGACAUACAGAAUGACGAAAAGGGUGGCUACAAUGUCAAUGGAGGAUCUGGGGAAAAUACUUAUGGUCGGAAGUCGUUGGGGCAAGAGCUGAGGGUCAACAAUGUGACCAGCCCUGAGUUCACCAGUGUUCAGCAUGGCAGCCGUGCAUUAGCCAUCAAAGACAUGAGGAAAUCACAGGAGCGAUCGAUGUCUUACUCUGAUGAGUCUCGACUGUCGAAUCUUCUUCGGAGGAUCACCCGGGAAGAUGACAGAGACCGAAGACUGGCUACAGUAAAGCAGUUGAAAGAAUUCAUUCAGCAACCAGAAAAUAAACUGGUACUAGUUAAACAGUUGGAUAAUAUCUUGGCUGCUGUUCAUGAUGUGCUUAAUGAAAGUAGCAAAUUGCUUCAGGAGUUGAGACAGGAAGGAGCUUGCUGUCUUGGCCUUCUUUGUGCUUCUCUGAGUUACGAGGCCGAGAAGAUCUUCAAAUGGAUUUUCAGCAAAUUUAGCUCAUCUGCAAAAGAUGAAGUUAAACUCCUCUACUUAUGUGCCACCUACAAAGCACUAGAGACCGUAGGAGAAAAAAAAGCCUUUUCAUCAGUAAUGCAGCUUGUAAUGACCAGCCUGCAAUCCAUUCUUGAAAAUGUGGAUACACCAGAACUACUUUGCAAAUGUGUUAAGUGCAUUCUUUUGGUAGCGCGAUGUUACCCUCAUAUAUUCAGCACUAAUUUCAGGGAUACAGUUGAUAUAUUAGUCGGAUGGCACAUAGAUCAUACUCAGAAACCUUCGCUCACCCAGCAGGUGUCUGGGUGGCUGCAGAGUUUGGAGCCAUUUUGGGUGGCUGAUCUUGCAUUUUCAACCACUCUUCUUGGACAAUUUCUAGAGGACAUGGAGGCUUAUGCUGAGGACCUCAGCCAUGUGGCCUCUGGGGGGUCUGUGGAUGAAGAUGUCCCUCCUCCUUCAGUGUCCUUACCAAAGCUGGCUGCGCUGCUCCGGGUCUUCAGCACGGUGGUGAGGAGCAUUGGGGAGCGCUUCAGCCCUAUCCGGGGGCCUCCGAUCACUGAGGCGUAUGUAACGGAUGUUCUGUACAGAGUAAUGAGAUGUGUGACGGCUGCAAACCAAGUCUUCUUUUCUGAGGCUGUGUUGACAGCUGCUAAUGAGUGUGUUGGUGUUUUGCUCGGCAGCUUGGAUCCUAGUAUGACUAUUCACUGUGACAUGGUCAUUACGUAUGGCUUAGAUCAGCUGGAAAAUUGCCAGACUUGUGGUACAGAUUAUAUCAUCUCAGUCUUGAAUUUACUCACGUUGAUUGUUGAACAGAUAAAUACAAAGCUGCCAUCAUCAUUUGUAGAAAAACUGUUUAUACCAUCAUCUAAACUGCUCUUUUUACGUUACCAUAAAGAAAAAGAGGUCGUCGCUGUUGCCCAUGCUGUCUAUCAAGCUGUGCUCAGCCUGAAGAAUAUUCCUGUUUUGGAGACUGCCUAUAAACUGAUUUUGGGAGAAAUGACUUGUGCUCUAAACAACCUGCUGCACAGCCUACAGCUUCCUGAAGCCUGCUCUGAAAUAAAGCAUGAGGCUUUCAAGAAUCAUGUGUUCAGUGUUGACAAUGCAAAAUUUAUAGUUAUAUUUGACCUCAGUGCCCUGACUACAAUUGGAAAUGCCAAAAAUUCACUAAUAGGGAUGUGGGCACUGUCUCCGACGGUCUUUGCACUGCUGAGCAAGAACCUGAUGAUCGUGCACAGUGAUCUGGCUGUUCACUUCCCCGCCAUUCAGUAUGCUGUGCUCUACACCCUGUAUUCCCAUUGUACCAGGCAUGAUCACUUUAUAUCUAGUAGUCUUAGUUCUUCAUCACCAUCUUUGUUUGAUGGAGCCGUGAUAAGUACUGUAACUACAGCUACCAAGAAACAUUUUUCUAUCAUAUUAAACCUCCUGGGAAUCUUGCUUAAGAAAGAUAAUCUUAACCAGGACACAAGGAAACUGUUAAUGACAUGGGCUUUGGAAGUGGCUGUGUUAAUGAAGAAGUCUGAAACAUAUGCACCUUUAUUCUCUCUUCCAUCUUUCCAUAAGUUUUGCAAAGGCCUUUUGGCCAACACUCUUGUCGAAGAUAUAAAUAUCUGUCUGCAAGCGUGCAGCAGCUUAAAUGCUUUGUCCUCUUCCUUGCCAGACGAUCUGUUACAGAGGUGUGUUGACGUUUGCCGUGUUCAGCUAGUUCAUAGCGGAACUCGUAUCCGACAAGCCUUUGGAAAACUAUUGAAGUCUAUUCCUUUAGAUGUUGUUCUGAGCAAUAACAAUCACACAGAAAUUCAAGAAAUUUCUUUAGCACUAAGAAGUCAUAUGAGCAAAGCACCAAGUAACACAUUCCACCCACAAGAUUUCUCUGAUGUCAUUAGUUUCAUAUUAUAUGGGAACUCUCAUAGAACAGGGAAGGACAACUGGUUAGAAAGACUGUUCUAUAGCUGCCAGAGAUUGGACAAACGUGACCAGUCCACAAUUCCCCGCAAUCUUCUCAAGACAGAUGCCGUCCUCUGGCAGUGGGCAAUUUGGGAAGCAGCACAGUUCACUGUCCUCUCUAAGCUGAGAACCCCACUGGGCAGAGCUCAGGAUACCUUUCAGACCAUCGAAGGUAUUAUUAGAAGUCUUGCAGCUCACACAUUAAAUCCUGAUCAAGACGUUAGUCAGUGGACAACGGCAGACAAUGAUGAAGGCCACAGUAGCAACCAGCUAAGGCUGGUUCUUCUGCUGCAGUAUCUGGAAAAUUUGGAAAAACUGAUGUACAAUGCCUACGAGGGGUGCGCCAACGCGCUGACGUCCCCUCCCAAGGUCAUCAGAACUUUUUUCUAUACCAAUCGUCAAACUUGUCAGGACUGGCUAACACGGAUCCGACUCUCCAUCAUGAGGGUUGGACUAUUGGCCGGUCAGCCUGCAGUGACUGUGAGACAUGGCUUUGACUUGCUUACCGAAAUGAAGGCAAAUUUAUCUCAGGGGAGUGAAUUGGAAGUGACUAUCAUGAUGGUGGUUGAGGCGCUGUGCGAACUUCACUGCCCUGAAGCCAUACAGGGACUCGCUGUUUGGUCCUCCUCAGCUGUUGGGAAAAACCUUCUCUGGAUUAACUCAGUGGCGCAGCAGGCUGAGGGAAGGUUUGAAAAGGCCUCUGUGGAGUACCAGGAGCACCUUUGUGCCAUGACAGGUGUUGACUGCUCCAUCUCCAGCUUUGACAAGUCUGUUCUCACUUUGGCCAAUACUGGGCGUAAUAGUGCCAGCCCCAAGCAUUCUCUGAAUGGUGAGUCCAGGAAAACUGUGUUGUCCAAACCGACGGAUUCUUCUCCUGAGGUCUUAAAUUAUUUGGGCAAUAAAGCAUGUGAGUGCUACAUUUCCAUUGCUGAUUGGGCUGCGGUGCAGGAUUGGCAGAACGCUAUUCACGACUUGAAGAAGAGUACCAGCAGUACUUCCCUCAACCUAAAAGCGGAUUUCAACUACAUAAAGUCGCUGAGCAGUUUUGAGUCUGGAGAAUUUGUUGAAUGUACCGAGCAAUUAGAAUUGUUACCAGGAGAAAAUAUCAAUCUAUUUGCCGGCGGAUCAAAAGAAAAAAUAGAUAUGAAAAAACUGCUUCCUAAUAUGUUAAGUCCAGAUCCCAGGGAACUUCAGAAAUCCAUUGAAGUUCAGUUGCUGAGAAGUUCUGUUUGUCUGGCAACUGCUCUAAACCAUAUCGAGCAAGAUCAGAAGUGGCAAUCUGUAACUGAAAAUGUCGUGAAGUACUUGAAGCAAACCUCCCGCAUCGCCAUUGGUCCGCUGAGACUCUCCACCUUCACAGUCUCACAGUCUCUGCCGGUUCUCAGCACGCUGCAGCUGUAUUGCUCCUCUGCACUGGAGAACACGGUUUCCAGCAGGCUCUCAGCAGAGGACUGCCUGAUUCCACUCUUCAGUGAAGCCUUGCGCUCAUGUAAGCAGCAUGACGUGAGGCCGUGGAUGCAGGCAUUGAGGUACACCAUGUAUCAGAGUCAGUUGCUGGAGAAAAUCAAAGAACAAACAGUUCCAAUUAGAAGCCAUCUCAUGGAAUUAGGUUUAACAGCAGCAAAAUUUGCUAGAAAACGGGGAAAUGUAUCACUUGCAACGAGGCUGCUGGCACAGUGCAGUGAGGUUCAGUUGGGGAAGACCACCACAGCCCAGGAUUUAGUCCAGCAUUUUAAGAAACUGUCAACUCAAGGUCAAGUGGAUGAAAAGUGGGGGCCUGAACUUGACAUAGAAAAAACCAAAUUACUGUAUACAGCAGGCCAGUCAACACAUGCAAUGGAAAUGCUGAGUUCUUGUGCCAUAUCUUUUUGCAAGUCUGCCAAAGCUGAAUAUGCAGUUGCCAAGUCAAUUCUGACACUUGCUAAGUGGAUCCAGGCAGAGUGGAAAGAAAUUUCAGGGCAGUUGAAACACGUUUACAGAGCUCAGCAGCAGCAGAAUUUCACGGGUCUUUCUACUUUGUCUAAAAACAUACUCACUUUACUAGAACUGCCACCUGUCAAUACGAUGGAAGAAGAGUACCCUCGCAUCGAGAGCGAGUCCACAGUUCAUAUUGGAGUUGGAGAACCUGACUUCAUUUUGGGCCAGUUGUAUCACCUCUCUUCUGUGCAGGCACCCGAAGUAGCGAAAUCAUGGGCAGCAUUGGCUAGUUGGGCUUAUAGGUGGGGCAGAAAGGUGGUUGACAAUGCAAGCCAGGGAGAAGGUGUUCGUCUGCUGCCUAGAGAAAAAUCUGAAGUGCAGAAUCUGCUUCCAGACACUAUAACUGAAGAAGAGAGAGAGAGAAUCUAUGGUAUUCUUGGACAGGCUGUGUGUCGCCCAGCUGGGAUUCAGGAUGAAGAUAUAACGCUUCAGAUAACAGAGAGUGAAGAUAAUGAAGAAGAUGACAUGGUGGAUGUUAUCUGGCGUCAGUUAAUCUCAAGCUGCCCGUGGCUUUCCGAGCUUGAUGAAACUGCAACCGAGGGAGUCAUUAAAGUCUGGAGGAAGGUCGUGGAUCGGAUAUUCAGCCUGUACAGACUGUCUUGCAGUGCUUAUUUUACUUUCCUCAAACUCAAUGCCGGCCAGGUUCCUUUAGACGAGGAUGACCCGCGGCUGCACUUGAGCCACCGAGUGGAGCAGAGCACUGACGAUGUGAUUGUGAUGGCCACCUUGAGGCUGCUGCGGCUGCUGGUGAAGCACGCUGGGGAGCUGAGGCAGUGCCUAGAGCAGGGCCUGGAGACCACACCCACCGCCCCCUGGAGAGGUAUUAUUCCACAACUUUUCUCGCGCUUAAACCACCCAGAAGUGUAUGUGCGCCAAAGUAUUUGUAACCUUCUCUGCCGUGUGGCUCAGGAUUCCCCCCAUCUCAUACUGUAUCCGGCAAUUGUGGGGACCAUAUCACUUAGCACUGAAUCUCAGGCUUCAGUAAAUAAAUUUUCCUCGGCAAUUCCAACUUUACUUGGCAAUAUUCAAGGAGAAGAACUGCUUGUUUCUGAAUGUGAGGGAGGAAGUCCUCCUGCUUCUCAGGAUAGCAAUAAGGACGAACCCAAGAGUGGCCUGAAUGAAGAUCAAGCCAUGAUGCAGGAUUGCUACAGCAAGAUUGUGGAUAAGCUUUCCUCUGCGAACCCCACCAUGGUCUUACAGGUGCAGAUGCUGGUGGCCGAGCUGCGCAGGGUCACGGUCCUCUGGGAUGAGCUGUGGCUGGGAGUGCUCUUACAGCAGCACAUGUAUGUACUGAGACGAAUCCAGCAGCUGGAGGAUGAGGUGAAGAGAGUCCAGAACAACAACACCUUACGCAAAGAAGAGAAAAUUGCAAUUAUGCGGGAGAAGCAUACAGCUUUGAUGAAGCCCAUUGUGUUUGCUUUGGAGCAUGUGAGGAGCAUCACCGUGGCACCUGCAGAGACACCUCAUGAAAAGUGGUUUCAGGAUAACUAUGGUGAUGCCAUAGAAACUGCCCUGGAGAAACUGAAGACACCAUCCAACCCCGCCAAGCCUGGAAGCAGCUGGAUUCCAUUUAAAGAGAUAAUGCUGAGUUUGCAGCAGAGAGCGCAGAAGCGCGCAAGCUACAUCCUGCGCCUCGAGGAAAUCAGCCCAUGGCUGGCUGCCAUGACCAACACGGAGAUCGCCCUCCCUGGAGAAGUGUCCGCUCGGGACACUGUCACCAUCCACAGUGUGGGCGGAACCAUCACCAUCCUGCCUACCAAAACCAAGCCCAAGAAGCUGCUCUUCCUGGGCUCUGACGGGAAGAGCUAUCCUUACCUUUUCAAAGGACUGGAGGAUUUACAUCUAGAUGAGAGAAUAAUGCAGUUCCUGUCAAUUGUGAACACCAUGUUUGCUACUAUCAAUCGCCAGGAAACACCCCGUUUCCAUGCUCGACACUAUUCUGUGACUCCGCUUGGAACACGAUCAGGAUUAAUUCAGUGGGUUGAUGGAGCCACACCCUUAUUUGGUCUUUACAAGCGAUGGCAACAACGGGAAGCUGCCUUACAAGCACAGAAGGCCCAAGAUUCCUACCAAACUCCUCAGAAUCCUGGAAUUGUACCCCGGCCAAGUGAACUUUAUUACAGUAAAAUUGGCCCUGCUCUGAAAGCCGUUGGACUCAGUCUAGAUGUGUCUCGGCGAGAUUGGCCUCUUCAUGUCAUGAAGGCAGUUCUCGAGGAGCUGAUGGAGGCCACGCCCCCGAACCUGCUGGCUAAGGAGCUCUGGUCGUCGUGCACCACGCCUGACGAGUGGUGGCGAGUCACACAGUCUUACGCCAGAUCAACUGCAGUCAUGUCUAUGGUUGGGUAUAUAAUUGGCCUUGGCGACAGACAUCUGGACAAUGUUCUCAUAGAUAUGACAACUGGAGAGGUCGUGCACAUCGAUUACAAUGUUUGCUUUGAAAAAGGUAAAAGCCUGAGAGUUCCCGAGAAAGUACCUUUUCGAAUGACACAGAACAUCGAAACAGCGCUGGGUGUGACCGGGGUCGAAGGCGUUUUUCGACUUUCGUGUGAGCAGGUUCUGCACAUCAUGCGGCGUGGCCGAGAGACCUUGCUGACGCUGCUGGAGGCCUUUGUGUAUGACCCUCUGGUGGAUUGGACAGCUGGGGGUGAGGCUGGCUUCGCUGGUGCUGUCUACGGGGGCGGUGGCCAGCAGGCCGAGAGCAAGCAGAGCAAGAGAGAGAUGGAACGGGAGAUCACCCGCAGCCUCUUCUCUUCCAGAGUAGCAGAGAUCAAGGUGAACUGGUUUAAGAACAGAGAUGAGAUGCUGGUUGUGCUCCCCAAGCUGGACAGCAGCUUAGACGAAUACCUGAGCUUACAGGAGCAGCUCACUGAGGUGGAAAAACUGCAGGGCAAGCUGCUGGAAGAAAUUGAGUUUCUCGAGGGAGCUGAAGGAGUGGAUCAUCCUUCUCAUACUCUGCAGCACAGGUAUUCCGAGCACACACAGCUGCAGACCCAGCAGAGGGCUGUUCAGGAAGCCAUCCAGGUGAAGCUGAAUGAGUUCGAGCAGUGGAUCACUCAUUACCAGGCUGCGUUCAAUAACUUAGAAGCCACACAACUGGCAAGUCUGCUCCAGGAGAUCAGCACACAGAUGGACCUUGGUCCUCCAAGCUAUGUCCCAGCAACAGUGUUUCUGCAAAAUGCGGGCCAGGCCAAUUUGAUCAGCCAGUGCGAGCAACUCGAGGGGGAGGUUGGCACUUUUCUGCAACAGCGGCGCUCCGUGCUCCGGGGCUGCCUGGAGCAGCUGCACCACUACGCAACCGUCGCCCUGCAGUACCCCAAGGCCAUAUUCCAGAAGCACCGCAUCGAACAGUGGAAGGCCUGGAUGGAAGAGCUCAUCUGUAACACCACGGUGGAGCGCUGUCAGGAACUGUACAGGAAGUAUGAAAUGCAGUACACUCCGCAGCCCCCGCCUACGGUGUGUCAGUUCAUCACGGCCACAGAGAUGACCCUGCAGCGGUACGCGGCUGACAUCAAUAGCAGGCUGAUCCGCCAGGUGGAGCGCCUGAAGCAGGAGGCCGUCACUGUGCCCGUUUGUGAGGAUCAACUCCAAGAAAUUGAACGCUGCAUCAAUGUCUUCCUUCAUGAGAAUGGAGAAGAAGGGUCUUUGAGUCUUGCAAGUGUUAUUAUUUCUGCCCUUUGUACCCUGACAAGGCGGAACCUGAUGAUGGAAGGCGCAGCUUCGAGUGCUGGGGAGCAGCUGGUGGACCUCACUUCCCGGGACGGGGCGUGGUUCCUGGAGGAGCUCUGCAGUAUGAGCGGCAACGUCACCUGCCUGGUCCAGCUGCUGAAGCAGUGCCACCUGGUACCGCAGGACCUGGACAUCCCCAACCCCAUGGAGGCCUCUGAGGCAGUUCAUUUAGCCAACGGAGUCUAUACCUCACUUCAGGAACUAAAUUCAAAUUUCCGGCAAAUCAUAUUCCCAGAGGCCCUUAGAUGUUUAAUGAAAGGGGAAUACACUCUGGAAAGUAUGCUCCAGGAGCUGGACAGUCUGAUUGAGCAGACGACUGACGGCGUCCCCCUGCAGACUCUAGUUGACUCUCUGCAAGCCUACUUAAGAAAUGCAGCUAUGGGACUUGAGGAAGAAACACAUGCUCAUUAUAUCGAUGUUGCCAGAAUACUUCAUGCUCAGUAUGGUGAAUUAAUCCAGCCAAGAAAUGGCUCAGUUGAUGAAACACCAAAAAUGUCCGCUGGCCAAAUGCUUUUGGUAGCAUUUGAUGGCAUGUUUGCCCAAGUUGAAACUGCUUUUGGCUUACUAGUUGAAAAGUUAAACAAGAUGGAAAUUCCUAUAGCAUGGCGCAAGAUUGACAUCAUAAGGGAAGCCAGGAGUACCCAAGUCAAUUUUUUCGAUGAUGAUAACCACCGGCAGGUGCUAGAGGAGAUUUUCUUUUUAAAAAGACUGCAAACAAUUAAGGAGUUCUUCAGGCUUUGCGGAACCUUUUCUAAAACAUUGUCAGGAUCAAGUUCACUGGAAGAUCAGAAUACCGUGAAUGGACCUGUCCAGAUGGUCAAUGUGAAGACCCUUUUCAGGAACUCUUGUUUCAGCGAAGACCAAAUGGCCAAGCCCAUCAAGGCGUUCACAGCUGACUUUGUGAGGCAGCUUUUGAUUGGACUGCCAAACCAGGCCCUCGGACUCACACUUUGCAGUUUUAUCAGUGCCCUGGGUGUAGACAUCAUCGCUCAAGUAGAGGCAAAGGACUUUGGCGCUGAGAGCAAAGUGUCUGUUGAUGAUCUAUGCAAGAAAGCCGUAGAGCACAACAUCCAGGUGGGAAAGUUCUCCCAGCUGGUCAUGAACAGGGCAACAGUGUUAGCUAGCUCCUACGACACAGCCUGGAAGAAGCACGACUUGGUGCGCAGACUGGAAACCAGUAUCUCCUCCUGUAAGACCAGUCUGCAGCGUGUCCAGUUGCAUAUUGCCAUGUUCCAAUGGCAGCAUGAAGAUCUCCUCAUCAAUCGACCACAAACCAUGUCUGUCACACCCCCACCUCGGUCGGCCAUCCUGACCAGCAUGAAGAAGAAGCUCCACACUCUGGGCCAGAUCGAGGCUUCCAUCACCACCGUGCAGGAGAAGCUAGCAGCUCUUGAAGCAAGUAUUGAACAGCGACUCAAGUGGGCAGGUGGUGCCAACCCUGCACUGGCACCUGUGCUACAAGAUUUCGAAGCAACAAUAGCCGACAGACGAAAUCUGGUUCUUAAGGAGAGCCAAAGAGCAAGUCAGGUCACUUUCCUCUGCAGCAAUAUCAUUCAUUUUGAAAGUUUACGAACUAGAACUGCAGAAGCCUUAAACCUGGAUGCUGCAUUAUUUGAACUGAUCAAACGGUGUCAGCAAAUGUGUUCAUUUGCAUCACAGUUUAACAGUUCCGUCUCUGAUUUAGAGCUUCGUUUGUUACAGAGAGUGGAUACUAAUCUUGAACACCCAAUUGGCAGUUCAGAAUGGCUUUUGUCGGCACACAAACAGUUGACCCAGGAUAUGUCUACUCAGAGGACAGUUCAGACAGAGAAAGAGCAGCAGAUCGAGAUGGUCUGUGAAACAAUCCAGAAUCUGGUGGACAGUAUCAAGGCUGUUCUCACGGGCCAUAACCGGCAGCUCGGUGAUGUCAAACAUCUCCUAAAAGCCAUGGCUAAGGAUGAAGAAGCUGCUCUGGCAGAUGGCGAAGAUGUUCCCUAUGAGAACAGUGUUAGGCAGUUCUUGGGUGAAUAUAAAUCAUGGCAGGACAACAUUCAGACGGUGCUGUUUACAUUGGUCCAAGCGAUGGGUCAGGUUCGAAGUCAGGAGCAUGUUGAAAUGCUCCAGGAAAUAACUCCCACCUUGAAAGAAUUGAAAACACAAAGCCAGAGUAUCUAUAAUAAUUUAGUGAGUUUUGCAUCACCCUUAGUCACCGAUGCAACAAAUGAAUGUUCGAGUCCCACGUCAUCUACUACCUAUCAGCCAUCCUUUGCUGCAGCUGUCCGAAGCAACACUGGCCAGAAAACUCAGCCAGACGUCAUGUCACAGAAUGCACGAAAGCUGAUUCAGAAGAAUCUCGCUACAUCUGCUGAUACUCCACCAAGCAUCGUUCCAGGGACUGGCAAGAGUGUUGCCUGUAGCCCCAAAAAGGCUGUCAGGGACCCUAAAACUGGGAAAGCUGUGCAAGAAAGAAACUCCUAUGCGGUCAGUGUGUGGAAGAGAGUGAAAGCCAAGUUGGAGGGCCGGGAUGUUGAUCCUAACAGGAGGAUGUCAGUUGCUGAACAGGUUGACUAUGUCAUUAAGGAAGCAACUAAUCUAGAUAACUUGGCUCAGCUGUAUGAAGGUUGGACAGCCUGGGUGUGAAGGGCAAGCAGUAGAUGAGUCUGGUUAAGCGAGGUCAGACGUCCACCAGAAUCAACUCAGCCUCAGGCAUCCAAAGCCACACCACAGUCGGUGGUGAUGCAACUGGGGCCUUACUCUGAGGAAACCUAGGAAAUCUCGGUGCGCUCGGAAGUGAAUCCUGCAGGGCAGCUGCACUCAGGGAUACGCCCCACACCAUGGCUUGCACCCCAGGGUCAAGGGUGAAGGAAAGCCAGCUCACCGCCUGAACACGGAGAUUGUCUUUCUGCCGCGACAGAACAGCUGCACACGUGUCGGGAGGUUAGCUGCAGAAAGCGGCGGGGACACUGUGGAGCACAGAGUGACUCGGAGCUCCAAUCCACCUGACCCUGCGUGUGCGCUCCAGGAAAACACCCCGCUCAGAAACAGAAAACUGGGGCCGCGAAGAAAUCACAGCCAAGGAAGAUUGGAUGCAUUCAGAUUCUCGUGUAACACUUUGCUGCUUGGCAGCAAUACUGGUUGGGUUGACCAGUGAGUACAAAAAAGCUACGCGAUAUGAAUUUCAGAAAUGGACUGAAAGCGGAGAGUUAUGUAACAGAUACACUACGUUGGAAGAACUUCUGAAAUGAAGGGAAAACAACAUCAGCCCACAUCCUCCUCCCCCACCCCCCACCCCCUACCUGCCCGCCCGCCUUUUACUGGAUCCUGUAGAUUAGCCAUCUUUCCAAUUCCACUUUCAUUUCCACCCUUUUCUUUCUCCCACUUCUGUCUCGACGCUGUUAACAGCCUACAUUGGGAGCGAUCAACAGCAGUUUCUCCAAAACCCACUGUUAACAUGGAAAAUUCAAGGAUGGCCUAAAAGUCUGAAGAUCACACACAAAUCUAAUUCUGGUUAUUCUUUUCUGUGAUUCUAUCAUGUACAGUUUCCAGAAUUGUCACUGUGCAUUCAAAAGUAACAACUCGAACAGAUGUACAAUUUGCUGCACACUUCCUGUGCUUACGGUGUGCAUUUGGGAAGGUCAUUCAAAAUUUCCCUCUUCUGUGAUAGCAGUAGUUUUUUUUUUUCCUUAGAAAAUAGCUAAUCUCCAGUGUAAUCGUUUAUCUUUUGAAAAACCAGGAUAGAGGACCUACUUGAAUUUACAUUGUUGAUGACAGAUUAAUAAUAAAGUGAUGUUCUGGUGGAGGUGGAGAGUGAAAUGGUUUUAUAGUUUGGUUUUUUCAUUUGCUUGUUUACCUGGAAUUUUAACACAUGUGUGUGAAACAGCAGUGAGAACCACCACCAUCUUUUUACUGAGUUCAGUGAUUCGUCUGUGAACCAUUUUACUUUUUUGCAAAAUUUUACUACUUUGCUGUUCAGUAGUACGUAGUUGUGAAUUCAUGAUCAAGGUUUCCUUAAAUUGAGCAUUGCAUUUCAGUACUGGCUGUAAGUUUAAUUGUUGAUCCAAAAUAAAAAUCCAGACUAAGAUUCUGCAAGUUCCAUAUCAACAAUGAAAGUGAGUACGAUGAAAAUCUUGACCGAAGGCCGAAGAGACAGUACAGGGAUAAGGCACUGGCCUUGCAAUGCAGCCUACACCAGUUAGAUCCCCGGCACCUAAUGUUCCUCCCGAGCACCACCACAGGUCACUCCUGAGCAGAGAGCCAGGAAUAGCUCCUGAGCACUGCCAGCUGUGGCCCCAAACAACACCCCCACUCCAUACCCCAAGAAAGAAAUUUUGAGUACAUUUUUAGAUUAGGACUAUAUGGUCUCUUUCUAGUUGCCAAUUUAAGAGGUAUUAAGGGAAAAUUCUACAUAGUUCUGGCCUUUUUUUGUAUUCUCAUUGCCACAUUAAUCUCUACCCUUCAGUGGAAGAGAAUGCAUCUCAGUAUCAGUGCUUUUUUAAGAACCUGUUACAAGUAUUGCAGGAAAUGGUGGUCUUUCUGAAUUCCUGGGUGUCCAGUUUUAAUUUAAGAAGCCUAGAGCAUCACAGUUUCUUUCCUUCAUUCUAAGCCUUAUUUCACAGUCCAAACAGCCUAGCUGGAAUAAUAAUGCCAUACUGUGCUUUGCACUCUGCUUUUUUUAUUUCCUAGAGGCUGGGGGGCCAUUGCGUUCAUCACUUGAUUACCUUUGCUCUCUCAAGAGUAAACAGCGCUUAUUCCGCAAAUGUUUUUAUCGUCAGAUGGAACAAACUUUUAUUACAAAUGAGGAAACCCAUUCACACUAGUCUGUCCCUAUAGGCGAUGUUCAGAAAUUGCUUCAUCUUUGAUAAACUAGAUAAAUAGGUGAAUUUUAUUGCCUAUAAAUUUCAGGCUUCAGAGGUACCUGGAACCUUAUCCAAGCAAAAACAAAACAGCUUUAUAUCCAAACAUGUGCCUCUGAUGACUUCUCCACGCUUCCGAUCAGAAUGGCUCCAGUGUGGCAUAUCUGUGUCCGCCCUUGGGCCAGGCAGCACUUCUAAGAUUGCUCUAGGCUGCACCCCUGAUAGUAAGAUGCGUGUCUGCCUGACUUCAUCCGGGAUGUCAGUUGGGCCGUUCUAACUUACUGUAAGUGAGCUAAACAAGUCGGAUCACUGGUCAAGGGCCUGGUGAUAGAGCAGAGAGAAGAUUGAACUGGGUUGGAGAAAUUAUCAUGUUAAAUCGCAAGUGGGUAGCGUGACUCUAGCUAGGAGUAAGUCAGACACCUUUUUGAUGAUAAAAAAUACCUGUGGAAAACCAGGGAUUCUCCUCUCUUCCUUUCUCUAAGACUCAUGGAGUACAGUCACCUACUCCCCACAGCCUCUCCAUUCAAGUACCCUUAGAAAUGGAAGUUAUCCUGCUUUUUGCCUUUUAUUUGCUAGAGUUGCCUGCUUUUUGUGUUGAUUCCUCUGUCGGGCUUUGGAGGCAGAGUAGUUCCUCACUAUCUUCGGUGUAUCUUACGGUAUCUCAUUAUUUCUGGCCAUGAGUUCUUUAGGUUUUGCUAGAUGAUUUUAAGAUUCUUUUGUGUCUGACACUCGUGAGUUAUUUUUGAGAUGAAUGAGAGUUUUGUGUGAGAACUGAUAAUCAAGCUCUUGAUCGGCUUUCUUAAAUCGCCUCUUUUGUUUUUUAAUCGCCCAAACCCAGUUUGGGGUGAGGGUUUCUAAUACAAAGAAAAACUCACAACACUUCUGCCCUAUACAUUUGCCUCUAUCACUGAAGCUUCGUAGUUUUCUUAGUAUUGUUCAGUGUUUGGUGUUACCUGCAUUGUUUUGGGUGUUUUUGUUUUUGUUUUUGUUUAAAUUGUGGUUGUUCUGAUGUGUGAAAUUCAAGGAAAGAGCCAUUAAAAAAAUGUCGAGCCGGGCAAUGCAAGUACAGCCAAAUAAUAGAGUUAAUGUGCAAUCUUAGGUCCUUUCAAAUUGGGGGUAUUAUAGGCAGUCCUUCAAAGCAAAAAGUCUUCCUGGCCUAUUUUCCUCCACAUAUUUGUAAUUCCUCUGGGGCUUACUUGUUUUGGCAGUACUAAAAUCAAAGGGGCUGGUUCUUCUUUUCUCCCAGUUCUUUUCAUAUAAAACAAGCACCUGCAGUUAGCCUGUUAGUCCUAUUCAAAUACAUUUAAAAAAUAAAAUCAGUGAAUGCUUUACUGUUAGCACAUUUCAAUCUUUGUUUCACACAAAAAUAGAACGUUUAGUCUACAGCUUGUUGAGCUUUUAAAAUGCCAGUGAUUUAGAGCUAGGACUUCUCCCACUUAAAUCAGAGGUAUUCGAAGUGUAUGUUAAUAUGAAGGUCACUGAAGAAGGUCAUUGCUUGGGUUGUAUUAGUUGCCGUGAGAGAAGGAUCGAGCACUUCAAAAAUGUCUGUUGCAUUGUGGGAGGCAAAGUCACUGUCUUGAACACGCAGGGCUUGUUGCACUUCCCCUACUUUCCAGCUUGGGUAACCGUGUCGCCACCCCUGAUUACAAAAGGGCCAAAGAGGUUCAAGGGGGAGUGAAUGGUACAUGAACCAUUUGAGUCUCUUUGCUUUCAGUGGGAACUGGCUGGGCUCCUGUGGGACAAACUGUUGUGCUAAUGUCAAAAUGUCAUACGACGAGCUGGACUUUCGGAGCUUGUACACUUCAGGAAUUGUAUGUUGUGAAAUGCAGACCUUGUAGAAUGUCUUUCAAAACAGGCUGAUUUCCUUUGUUCUUUUUUGACAGCCUUGGUUUCGGCUCCUCUUUAAAAUUCUUGUUUUACGGUCAGUUAUUUCGCUGGUUUAAAUUUUUCCUAUAUUUCUACUUGUAAUGUCAGUGGCAAUGACAUCAUAUACUUGUUAAUUUUCUCUACUCUUAUUAUUAUAAGAGCAAAUUGAGUUGAACAGACUCUUCGUUGUCCUAAUAACACUGUAUAGAUAAAAUGGCUUCUCUGUACAAAAAAGGUGGUAAUGCCUCCUAAUGGGAAUAAUUUUGUGAUUGUAUUUAAGGUUAAAAGUCGAAUCACACCAGCUUGGGGGGGGGGGGGGACGUUCAUAAUGCAUCUUUUGGAAAACAAAAGUACACGCCUACUUUAUGCAUAUUUGCAUUAACAUGGCAAAGAUGUAUGAAAUACCUGUUUUUCAAAAAAUAAAGUCUUGAAAUCUAAGCACUUAAGCUCUUGAUUUAUUGGUCCAGUAGGUUAUAGGAAAUUUACUUUUAGUAUAUGGAUAGCUAUUUCAAAAGCAUUAAUGCUAAGCUA